AUGUUUCGAAAUAAGACUGCCUGGUUUUCAAGUAGUGUGCCACAGUCAUGUUUCAACUUCUGGACAUUGGAGGGUGGGAUCCUUUCUGGUUGGAGAACAGCAGAUUAUCUUUUCAGUGAGGAUGCGGCAUGUCCUGAUACUCUGAGGGUGUUUGAAAGCAAAGAUUACCUGUGGAACAAGGUGACAGUUUUUCACAGCUCGUUUCUGUCUGCCUGUGAGAAGCGUCAGAGUAAAAAGUCAGUGUGCAUCGGUCAUUAUGUGCUGCCUCCAGCAUCUGUGCAGGAUGAUGUCAGAAACAUGCUCGGGAGGCUGAUAUGGGAACAUGAGGAUGAGCAAUCUGUAACACAGGGUUCCCAUACGUGUUUUAGUUACCAGACAGAAGAUGAGUACAGUGAAGACGAAUUCAGCAACUGUGAACUGUCUGACACAGACACAUCAGGAAGUGAAGACUCUAUGUGUUAUGAAUCAUGGGAUUAUCCACUCAGUAACAUGCAUACAGGCUAUGUCAGCAUGCAUAACCUGCAGAAAUAUUCAGGUGAUCUGUGUGAUUUCCAUCCCGGCUGUGUCCCAUGCUCCAACUGUAACGCCCUUUGUUGCUUGCCACACAUGUAG